AUGCCUCCAAAUCUACCAGAAGAAUUCCCCACAACUAGCGCAACAGCAACAGCGACAUCGGCUUACACUGCAGUAGAUUCCUCAUACGCACCAAAGAGAAAGCCUUCACGCCGGGAUUAUAAUUAUAAUAAACAAGACUCGAAUCAUUCUAAUAAUACCCAUCAAGAAACAAAUAAUAAUAGAAAAAAGGGUACAAACGAUACAAUUGCUAAAGAUAUUACCUUUAAUAAUACAUCAAACACAAACAACUCGAAUUCCAACCACACUGCCGCAGAGUUCGGCAAUCUCCAACAAUUAUCACAACCAAUGGCAACUGCUGCUAUCACUCCAACACCCUUGACCUAUUCGCCUAGACACAGGUCGAACACCAUCAACAAAUAUGGUGGAACUGUAUUUGGAGCUGCCAUACAGCACGAGAAAACCGGAAAUGGAAAUUCAAACUCUAAACAACUUCCUCCAACUCUUCCUCCACCUUCAUCUCCCAAUUCCUCAUCAUUAAAAUCAAAUCGAGAUUUAUUCGUCACAGUAGAAGACGAUUCAACUCCCGAUAUAACUCGAUCCUUCAUCUCGUUUCCGGAUACGUCAAUACCAAAGCCUACGCUCAACAUGUCAUCACCCGGUUUAUUGGUCCUUCUUACCCAAGCGAUUGCUUUGUUCUCGUCCUCUGUGAAUACUUCUCAACUGUCCUUGUUCUUCUCGUCUAUUACUUCUCAACUGUCCAUGUUCUUCUCGUCCUUUACAUCUUUCCAAUCCAUCAAAACCAUAAGAUUUAUUUUUCUCUGUAUACUCUGGUAUGCCUCAUCGGCAAUAACAAACAACAUUGGUAAAUCCCUUUUGAACGCAUUCCCUUACCCGGUCACGCUCACAUGGAUACAAUUUGGCUUUGUUUCGUUGUAUUGUCAUAUACUCGGUCGGCUAGGAUUCACAAGGAUUCGAAGGUUGACAGUGGAAAUUCUUAGAGAGACUGUGCCGUUGAGUGGGUUUCAGAUUGUCGGUCAUGGGUUCUCGAGCGUAGCUACUAGCCAAGUACCCGUUAGUUUUGUGCAUACGAUCAAGGCUCUGUCGCCCCUCUUUACAGUCACCUUUUAUAGAAUCAUUUUCGCUGUAACAUACUCAUCAGCCGUAUACUUUUCUCUCAUCCCUCUUACCAUCGGUGUCAUGCUUGCGUGCUCUGUGACGACAUCGUCCUCUUUCAUUGGCUUUCUCUUUGCAAUGGGAUCGACAGUAAUUUUUGUUGCUCAGAACGUGUUUUCCAAGACGCUGCUGCGGAGACCGGAUAUGCCUGGAGAAGAGAAAUUGGACAAGCUGAAUUUGAUGUUCUUUUCAAGUACCAUAGCUUUCGUACUGAUGGUACCAAUAUGGGCUUGGUAUGAAGGCUUUGCAUUUGGUGGAUUUCUUCUUUGGGGUGGGGAUCUGGGUGUAAGCGCGAGCGUUUCUGCCUGGACAAUACUCUUUUACUUUUUUUUGAACGGUACAACUCACUUUUUCCAAAACACGCUCGCAUUCAAUAUUCUUGAGAUUACUUCGCCAGUUACAUAUUCGAUCGCUUCAUUGGUUAAGCGAAUUUUUGUUAUCACUGCGAGUAUAAUAUGGUUUGGACAAAAGACCACAUUUAUUCAAGGAGUUGGAAUCCUUUUAACAUUUAUUGGGUUGCAUUUAUAUAACCGAGCAAAAGGGGAUGUAGACAAAAAGGAGAGAAAGGUUGCAAACGGAGGGGAGAGGUUACCGAUGACGAGAAUGAGAUCGAAAUCGAUCAAAUAG